AUGAGUAUUUCGCUCUCUGUUACAACCUCGGUGAAAGGUCAAAAGCAAGGGUCACGGCACCUAGAGCCCUCGAGAUGGAGGAGAUCCUGGUUCUCGGUGGCAUUAUUUGCUCGACCUUCCCUAAGCGAUCAUCUACUCAAAAUCCCCAAACUAGCCAUUCAUAUUGCUUCCUCAUCUGAGUCCCUGAAGGUCUAUGACAGCUGCUCAUCAAUCUACUCACCGCUUUCAGCACGUGACCCCAAUUCGAUAACAUUGCCUGGUCGGGACGACCACUUCUUGAAUCAGAUCAAUACAAUGGCCAUGGCGACAUCGGGCGCCCAAGUUAAACGACCUUCUCCAUCACUACUCAACCAGAAUAAUCCGAAGCGGGUAAAGCGUCACUAUCAUCACCAUCAUCGCUUACAGGAGCCGGUGGUUCUCCCAUCUACAUCCGAGCCAGUCGUGCAAGAUGACACCCAACUCGACCAAUUGAUGAAUCGUGCAAUCGGUCAGACUUUGAAGGACUCAGGGUUUGAGCUGGCCGAUCCAGCUGCACUGUCAAGUCUCUGCAGUGCUACUGAGGAGUACAUGCUACGACUCUCCACAUUUAUCCGUCAGUCUAUGCUAUCUGCGCGACGCACCCACGCCGACAUUAUUACCAUCUCCCCACCAGAGAAUGAAAUAUCCAAAUCUCUCCCAUUUCUCACGGCUUUGAGCAGUGAAGACGACCGCGCAAGUCGUCCCUACAUCCCAAAACAUUUCCCGAGCUUCCCUAGCAAACACACCUAUUCUGCCACUGCAGUGUUCAUUGGACGAGACAACGACCCGCGCAAGAUUAGGGAACGCGCCGCAGAGGAUGGACGGCAUGGCGAGGAAGCUUUGCGCAAAUUAGCGAGCGCCGCAUUCCGUGACAACCAGACGGGCUCGACUGGUCGCGAUAAGAAACUCUGGGGUCGGAGAACGGACAGCAUGGAAAGCAUGUUCGAAAAGACGAUCAAGGGACUUUCCAAAAGGCCAAAGGACUCUCACGGCACAUUGCCCAGCUCAGCCAUGGAUAUUGACUCGGGACAUCCGGCGGAUGCGGACACCAAGUCCCGGCUCAAGCUCUCGUGGAAUAUGGAGCUGGGCCCCAUUGUCAACUGUGAGCGAGAUCUCUGGCGCCGGACAAGCUCGAAUGCACGGCGAGGAGAGGAGAAGACUCCAAAGCCUCCACCAAGUCUCGACCCAGCGGAUGUCAUGACUGAUAUGUAA